AUGUCUCUCUGGAUUUUGAGAAAUUUUGGGUUCUGUGGAAUCAUAAUCAUCAUCAUCACUGACGCCAUGAGAACUGAAACAUAAGCUUCAAUAUCCAACACAAACCCUAACCCAGUAGUAGUCAAAGGAACCCCAAAGGUCUCUCUUUACGAACAAUGCAGAGAAGAAAGGAUCAAAGAGAAUCUUCAAAGGAUGCAAAAUCUCAAUUUGAAUCUCACCUGAAAUCUCAAACCCGAGACUCGACCCGUUAAAAGGCGAUUCGGUAACUCUAGCUCGGCUCUGAAAUCGACUCCUCUUCAGCCUUCACGGCGAUCUUCUCGGUUGGAGAACACAACUCUUGUUGUCUACAAUGAAAGUGUUAAUGUGAAGGAGAAGAAAUCUAAGCGAGAGGAGGUGGUGAUUGGGGAAGGCUCAAGGCUUGAGGUUUACACAGAGGAACAUGAGAAGCUGCUUGGGAACACUGAACGGAGCUGGACCUGUUUUGUUGAUGGAUACAAGGAUGGGACACGUAUUUAUGAUCCCAUCAACGGUAAAACUUGUCACCAAUGCAGGCAGAAAACGCUCGGUCAUCGCAUACAGUGCAGCGAAUGCGACAUGGUCCAAGGGCAGUUCUGUGGCGAUUGUUUGUUCAUGAGAUAUAGGGAGAAUGUGCUCGAAGCUCUCGAGAAUCCAAUGAUUUGCCCUGUUUGUCGAGGGAUUUGCAACUGCAGUUUGUGCCAGAAUCAUAAAGGAUGGGUUCCAACUAGCGCGAUUUACAAAAGGAUAGCUCAACUCGGGUAUAAGUCUUUUGCGCAUUAUUUGAUUCAAACCAAACGUGUUGAAACUGAUGAUCCCAGCCCAAACGAAGCUUCUGCAAAGAGGUCACUUUCGUUUCAAGAAGCAAAAUCACUUCCUAACAUUGCUGCUGAUGAUGUACCAAAGCUUUAGAAUGGUGAUUUCUUGAAGAAAAAUGAGGAUGAAGACACAAAGGAGAAUCCGAAUUCAGCUAUACGGUCACUGAGCUUCUUCUCGCCUUCUGUGGAAGUAUCAAAACUUCAGAAUAUGGACAAUCAGAAUGGUGAUUCCUUGAAGAAAGGGGAAGGUGAAAACACAAACGAGUCUGUGGAUGGUAAAACUUCAUUGGUUGAUGUUCAGGUCGUGGGUUAUCUUGAGCCGUCAAAGCAGGAUAAACAAGAACAUUCAUGUGCCCACAUUGGUGGUGAUCUCCCAAGAAUUCAAGAAAGGACAGAGCAAAACUCAAAUUUGGAUACAAGGACAGAACAAAACUCGAAUUUGGUUACAAGGAAAGACGGUUACUUCCUUCCUAGGGAAAGUCAGACUCUUCUUGUGGAUGAUGUUCAGGUCCAAUGCAAUGAGGCAGAGACCAGAGGUAACGCGGUGAAUACUCGAGAAACAAGAAGUAAGAGGAAAGCGGCUCUCGAACCUAAUCCAGAUAGCGUUGGUGGAAGAUUAAGGCAGCAUCGAAGAAGCCAAAGUAGCCUUUAG